UGUCGGCUCUGUCAUGUGGUCAGCUGUGUCCAAUCACAGCUGCUCGCAUCUGUCACACUGACAGCUCAUGAGGAGAGCCAGUAACUGGCAUUCCUCAGAGGGGACAUGUACACUGAUCUUCAGGGCACUGAUGAUCAGUGUGCCCUGAUUAUCAGUGUAGCCCCAGCAGUGCCACCUGUCAGUGCCCAUCAAUGCCACCUGUCAGUGCUCAUCAAUGCCACCUGCCAGUGCCCAUCAGUGCCUCAUCAAUGCCACAUAUCUGUGCCUACCAGUGCGCAUCAAUGCCACAUAUCAGUGCCCAUCUGAGCUGCCUUUCAGUGCUUCCUAUCAAUGCCAGUCAGUGCCGCCUAUCAGUGCCCGUCAGUGCUGCCUAUCAGUGUCGCCUAACAGUGCCAGUCAGUGCCACCUAUCAGUUCCAGUCAGUGCCACCUAUCAGUGCCAUAUAUGAG